AUGCUUUUCGCUACACUACUGUUGUUAUUGGUGUAUUUGGCACCAGGUUCUAUAGCAAAACCGACAUCAACUAAAAAAAGAACUCAAUGGGACCAGAUAGUAAUUAACGCUUGUGCCAAGGAGUUGGAAUCGUACAAAUAUGACACCGACGCUAGGGGUCGGCACGCUUCUAUCUGCACGUAUGAACCGGCACUAGGCUCUUGGCUACACUGCGCUAAGGAUGUUCUCGACAGUAAAAAGAAAAAUGCUGGGACAUUCGAGAAAACAUUUAUAAUGAUAAAUCAGUUUUGCCAGGAUUUUCAUAAAGACGGAGAUGUCAGUAAUGAGGAGUUUUAUCGAAUUUUCGCUAAUGCGUCUCUUUUCAUCCGGCCUAUUAGCGAAGUGAAGGAAAGGAUAAGAUAUCCCGUCAUUCCCAACAAAACUUCCCUAGACAGGUGGGUGUGGGCAUACUUUGGGCCGCUGGAUAAUUUAGACAAAGGAAACGUAUAUGGGGUCACAAUUUGUCUAUACUGGAUAGGUGUUUUGUUUGUUGCAGCUGUGUACCACUUCUUGAACUUUUCUCGACUUAAACAAACAGUCUUCAAGAACAAGGUGUCGGCUUUCCUGAGAGGCCAUUACAUUCUUCCAGCACUUGUUCAUAACCAUGCUAUGUCGGUGGGUAAGUGGUUUUUCAUCGGGCUAGUUCCUACCAAACUCGAGACACUUGUCUUAUUCGGCUAUGUUUUGUUGCACGGAGUUCUGCUGAGUACUUACAAUUUUGAUCACCAUGAGCUGCUCAGUGAUCACAAGAGCCAAGUGCUUAUCUUUCUUUCCGACCGAGCAGGGAUUUUAGCCUUCGCUCACUUUCCAUUGAUAGUGCUUUUUGGUGGUAAAAACAGCAUAAUGACUUGGUUGACGGGUAUACGAUAUACCGCAUUCAUAACCUAUCACAAAUGGUUGGGAAGAUUCAUGUUGAUAGAUUGUGCGAUUCAUGCAAUAGGGUACACUUAUCAUGCCUACAUAGAAAAUUAUUGGAAGUACGUGAAAUACAGUGAUCUAUGGACAUCGGGAAGACAUGCCAUGAUUAUUGUUGGAAUACUUGUGUUUUUCUCAUUCUUUUUCUUCAGACGCCACUAUUACGAAUUAUUUGUCAUUACGCAUAUUAUCUUGGCGAUAGGAUUUUUCCAUGCCGCCUGGAGACAUUGCUAUAAACUCGGAUGGGGGGAGUGGAUAAUUGCGUGCGCUCUAUUCUGGAUUGGCGAUCGUAUUUUGCGGUUGAUAAAAAUUGCAAUUUUUGGUAUGCCAUUGGCAAAGUUGAAGCUGUGCGGCGAGUCAAUGAUAGAGGUGAGAAUUCCAAAAAGUUCCAAGUGGUGGAAAGCUGAGGCUGGCCAAUAUAUUUACCUGUAUUUUUUAAAACCAAAGAUAUUCUGGCAAUCGCAUCCGUUCACGGUCAUGGAUUCUUUGAUUGAGGACGGAGAGUUGGUCGUUGUAAUAACGGUCAAGAGUGGCUUAACUAAAAAAUUGCAGGGGUACCUGAUGCAGAAUGAAGGGCAGAUAGAAAUGCGCGUACUGGCAGAAGGACCUUACGGAGAGAGCACUCGAACACAACUAUUUGAAGGCCUACUAUUUAUCGCUGGUGGGGCCGGAAUUCCGGGACCUCUUUCGAUGGCGAUAAAGGCCGGUCGUGAACCAAAAAGCGGCGAAGAUCAUCAGAUAAUGAAGUUCGUGUGGAGUAUACGAGAUGUCGAACUUUUGGAAGUGUAUAAAAAGGAGAUAAUGAUGUUAAAAGAGCUGAACGUAGAAGUGAAAAUUUACUAUACGGGAGGGCAAAAAAGUGAACUGGGUGAGGAGGAGGGUGCAGUCGCUAACAUGAACAUGGAGGGCAGGCUGCUGACGACACCAAAGUCACUGGAAAUGGUUACCGAUUUUGGACGUCCAAAAAUUGAGGAAGUAAUUGAAGACGGGCUAAGUGGCACAAAGUCAUUGUUAGUUGUCUGUUGUGGAUCAGAAGGUUUUGUGGACAAGACGAGAGAGCUAACUGCAAAAAAAGUUCUUGAAAAUGGUGACAAGUGGAUAGAAUACGUAGAAGAGUUCCAAAAUUGGUAG